AUGACUGUAAGGGAAACUUUGACCUUUUCAGCAAGAUGCCAAGGUGUUGGAUCCCGACAUGAGAUGCUAGCAGAGGUAUUGAGAAGAGAGAAAGAUGCGAACAUUAUGCCUGAUCCUGAUAUCGAUGUCUUCACGAAGGCACUAGCAAUUGAAGGUCAGGAAGCUAAUGUGGUGGCCGAUUAUGUACUGAAGAUACUUGGUCUGGAAGUCUGUGCAAAUACCAUGGUGGGGAAUGGAUAUUCUAGAGGCAUUUCAGGAGGACAAAAGAGGCGUCUCACAACAGAUGCUGUUCGGACCAGCAAAGCAUUGUUUAUGGAUGAGCGCCGAUUAGAUCUCGAAAUCGAGCCGGAAACAUCGAUAAUCAAACCCCCUUGUAACCCAAAUUGUCUUCACUCUCUCGCUAGCUAA